CUGUAUCUGAUGAGUUUGCGUGAGCAAUGGAGAAAAAUAGCUGACGUUGUAUUUUAUUAAACUGAGAAUCUGCGAGAAAAUUGAAAGAAAUGGGAAGAAAAGGUGAGCUCUGAAGCUUCUCUUCUGACUGUGGUACUCAUUGUAUCUUUUAUAUCAGCUUACAGCCUUGGAUAUGAGAUAGAAAUAAAUUCUUUGAAUCUAUCAGUUCCAGACUGUGCCAUGUACUGCGAGUAAGAAAGAGGACGACUUUUUUAUAAAGUGAAAAAUCUAAAAAGUUGAGCAAAAUCUAUGCAUUCUCACCUUCCAAUUUGGUUGGUGGAGUUAGAUGGAUGUUCCCUCUGCAGAACCAAAUAGUGACACCCAAGGUGACCAAUUUCCUUUGCUACUAGAGCAGAUGGAAAGUCAUAACAAUCGUGUGCACAUAAUUGAUGUAACAAGGAAUGAUGAUGCUUCAUCAAGUACAUCCAGUGAUGACCAACCUCCUAGAGUGGACAUGCCCCAUCAUGAAGACAGAUCAUCAGCAAGUACACAUGCCCCCUCUUAUCAAGCUGCUUCAUCUUCCUCAAACAGAUUGAAUUCUAGGAAUUCCUCAUUUAUGAGGAGAGGUGAUGGGUAUAGUCGUCGCCGAAGAAGCCCUUUAAAUUCAGGGUUAUGGAUUUCUGUUGAGCUUGUUGUCACUGUGAGUCAGAUUAUAGCAUCUAUUGUUGUUUUGUCACUGUCAACAAAUGAAAAUCCACAAGCGCCUUUGUUUGCAUGGGUUGUGGGUUAUGCAUCUGGUUGUGUUGCAACACUUCCUGUUCUUUACUGGAGGUUCCGUAACCGCAACAGGGGUUCUGAGCAAGAAUCCAUUCAAUCGCAUCAAGGGUCUUCUGAAAGCAGUCCUCCUGAACCAACGUCUUAUACAGCUAUUUCAAUUACACAAGCUUCAGAUGAAGAGAACAGUCGCGCCUCCGAAACGGUUACAACUAACCCUCAAAUUGGAGGACCCUUAAGUGCAAGAUGGUGUCAUGAAGUGAGGAAGCUCAUUCAAUUUUGCAGAAUAAAUGGGUUAGUGGAUCAUUUCAAGAUGGCCUUAGAUUGCUUCUUUGCAGUCUGGUUUGUUGUAGGCAAUGUGUGGAUUUUUGGAGGUCACUCUGCCCCUUCUGAUGCUCCUAAACUGUACAGGUUAUGUAUAGUGUUCCUUACCUUUAGCUGUAUUGGAUAUGCCAUGCCAUUCAUACUAUGUGCAACAAUUUGCUGCUGCCUGCCUUGCAUCAUUUCUGUCCUCGGAUUUCGAGAGGAUCUUUCUCAGGCUAGAGGAGCCACCGUGGAAUCAAUUAAUGCUCUCCCGACAUACAAAUUCAAGUUAAAGGAAAAUGUGACCAAUGAUGAUCAGGAGGGAAGCCCAGGUAGUCAAGGUGGGCUCUUGGCUGCAGGGACAGAAAAGGAGCGUGAGAUAUCUGGAGAUGAUGCGGUUUGUUGUAUUUGCUUGGCGAAGUAUGCAGAUAACGAUGAGCUACGGGAGCUACCAUGUUUACAUGUCUUUCACGUGGAGUGUGUUGACAAAUGGUUGAAAAUCAAUGCAUCAUGUCCCCUAUGCAAAAGUGAGGUCGGAGAGAGGAGCGGUGGCUCGCCAUUGGCCAGGGACUCCAGCCAACAGUAGGGUAAGCAAUGAUGAGAUCUGUGAUGGCCAGGGACUCCAGAAUUCAAAAUUCUCGAACGGUUAAAACCCAAUUCGGGUGGUUCAUCCAAGUGCGAAAAUUUCCAUAUCAUUUUACAGAGAUAGAUGCAUACUAUUUGUCUCGGUUCUAUUGCGUGGACUUGCAGUUCAGUAUAUCUGUAAAUUUCAUGUAUACUAUUCAAAAUAUACGGUGAGUUUCCUACUUUGCCCUCUUCUUUUUGUGGUUGGCGUCCAUUGCUAUAGAGAAAAAAAAAAUUAAGACGUA